CUUAUUUUUUGACUAUGGUCUAUCAUAUUUGAUUUCAGAAGAACAUAGUACCUAUUGUCAUAAUAUGGACGAAAUUGAAAAAGAGAAAAUAGCGGCAUUGCCGUCACAAUUGCUCGUUACGACAAUAUGCCAUCCUAUGGAAUAUGCGAAAGUGCUAAUACAACUUGGUUACGAGCCCUUACCGCCGCGCCGGUCCACCACACUAUUUGGACGCCCUGCCAUGAUAUUACCUAACGUUUUCCAGUACAUCAAGUUUAUCAAGGCAUCAGAUGGAUUCCUAGGCUGCUACAGAGGGCUGUCGGCGCGAGUGCUCGGGCUGAUCGCGUCCAAUCAGCUAUCUUCCAAGGUAAUUUAUGCGAUGGGUAUUGACUUACCUGAAAUCAAUGAUCCUCCUAAUAUUGUCACUGAUGAAGAACCCAAACUCGAAGAUUACAUCAAGCUCGGCCGCCGGGAUAUGAUCAUGCACACUGCUUCAGUCAUCGUGGCCUAUCCCUUCCAAGUUGUGUCAGUCAGGAUGAUGGCCUCAUUUAUUGGCAAGGAAGAAGAUUAUAGCUCCUUGAUAGGCGCGAUCGUUGCCAUCUACAGAGAUGACGGUAUCCGUGGCUUCUACCAUGGUAUUGUACCUAAGCUGCUUGGAGACCUGACUUGCGUAGCUGUGACAGGAGUACUGGCAUACUAUGUGAACAAAUACUUGGUCAAAACUAAAGAUCUUCGAUACUACACGGUUCCACUGCUCACUUUUGUGACUAGCACUCUAACUUAUCCACUGGUGGUGGUGUCAACCUGCAUGGCUGUUGCUGGCUGCAGCCUGAAGGCGGGCAACCCGCCCGCCAUGCCCAAAUACCCAUCUUGGCAGUCUUGCUGGAGGGACUUGCUUAGAAACAAGCAACAUAAGCGUGGUUCCUCUCUUAUCUUUAGGUACUACAUUGCUCCUAUCUCAGCCCUGCAGUAGUCACACUAUCCUAAUGUAUUUGCAUUUAUACAUUUAUGUUUAUUUGCUAAGUGUUAUUCCAUGAUCACCAAAGUAGUCUCAACCUCUUCUAGGGAGUUAAAAUAUGUACAAUGAAGUGUGUAAAUAAUUUAGUAUAAAUGGUGUACCAUGUGGAUAUUCGUUUUGCUAGAUUGUUGAGUCAUGGUGUGGUUAUAUUAAUAAAUAUAUUUUAUUUGUCA